AUGCAGCGGGCGGGCAGGCACGGCCAGCGGCCCCCCGAGGGCGGCCCCAUGGAGAACGGUGUGGGGCAGGAGCCGGGGACCCCCGAGCCGCCCGGCCCCGCAGCUCCCCGGGCUCCCCGCAGCCGCCCCAGGCUGGUGUUCCACACGCAGCUGGCCCACGGCAGCCCCACGGGGCGCAUCGAGGGCUUCACCAACGUCAAGGAGCUCUACGCCAAAAUCGCCGAGGUCUUCGACAUUUCGCCCACCGAGGUGAGGGGCUGUGGCCUGGGGAGGGGUCUUUGUGCCCCAGGCAGGGACACCCACCCUGUGGCACUUCCCUGCUGACGGGGUUCCUCGGGGCAGAUCCUCUUCUGCACGCUCAACACGCACAAAGUGGACAUGCAGAAGCUGCUGGGGGGACAGAUUGGCCUGGAGGAUUUCAUCUUUGCCCACGUCCGGGGCGAGACCAAGGAGGUGGAGGUGACCAAGACAGAGGACGCGCUUGGCCUCACCAUCACAGACAACGGGGCCGGCUACGCCUUCAUCAAGAGGAUCAAGGAGGGGAGCAUCAUCAACCGGCUGCAGACAGUGUGUGUGGGGGACAGCAUCGAGGCCAUCAACGACCACACCAUCGUGGGCUGCCGGCACUACGAGGUGGCCCGGAUGCUGCGGGAGCUGCCGCGGGCUCAGCCCUUCACCCUGCGCCUGGUCCAGCCCAAAAAGGCCUUCGACAUGAUCGGGCAGCGGACACGGACAGGAAAAUCCCCAGGCGAAGGCAGAGUAGUGGCCAGCGGGAAGGAAACGCUGCGGCUGCGGACUCAGGGCCCGGCCGUGCUGGAAGAGGAGCCCAGCCCCUCCGAGGAAGAAGCUGCCCGGCGAGUGGACGAUCUGCUGGAGAGUUACAUGGGCAUCCGCGACAGCGAGCUGGCCCCCGCCUCUUCCCCUGCUCCUGUCCCAGCCCCUCACACUGGCCCUGAUCUCCCUCUUCUCCUAACAGCCUCGACGAUGGUGGAGGCGGCCAAGGGCAGCCCCAGCGUAGCCCAGCUUGCCCAAGGGCUGGACUCGGUGUUGGGAGAGUUUGCCUUCCCCCAGGAGUUUGUGGCCGAGGUGUGGGCAGCCGUCUGCCACGCUAAGGGGAAUAAGGAGUAG